AUGUGCAAGGAAAAACCUCCGAGGGCGUUUGCAGCCCCGCCUGUCCGCAGCCAAGGCCGCGUGGCCACGCAGCGUGCAGCGCGGCAGCACGCCAGGGGCGGGGCUCUGGGCCCAGCGCGCGUCCCAAUUGGCUCUCAGAGCUGCCUUUCAGACGGCGUGCAGAGGCCGCCCGCCGGCACUUUUCGGCUGCUGCUUUGGCGGGAGUCGGCGGCUGGUACCAGCCUGUGGUCCUCAGGUUUUGGGAUGAAGCUGGAGGCUGUCACCCCAUUCUUGGGGAAGUACCGCCCCUUUGUGGGUCGCUGCUGCCAGACCUGUACCCCCAAGAGCUGGGAGUCCCUCUUCCACAGAAGCAUAAUGGAUCUAGGCUUCUGCAAUGUGAUCCUGGUGAAGGAGGAGAACACCAGGUUUCGGGGCUGGCUGGUUCGGAGGCUCUGCUAUUUCUUGUGGUCACUGGAGCAGCACAUACCCCCCUGCCAGGAUGCCCCACAGAAGAUCGUGGAGAGCGCUGGGGUUCAGAAUGUCAUCCCUGGGAGGGCCCCAGGAGGGGCUGGGGCAGGCCAGGUGCCCAGCCACGUGAAGAGAGAGGUACAGCGCAUCUUGGGCCACAUCCAGGCCCCACCCCGCCCCGUUCUGAUCAGGCUGUUCAGCUGGGCACUGCUGCGGAUCCUGAACUGCUUCUUCCUGAACGUACAGCUGCACAAGGGCCAGAUGAAGAUGGUCCACAAGGCCGCCCAGGCAGGCUCGCCGCUCGUCCUCCUCUCUACCCACAAGUCACUCCUGGAUGGGAUCCUACUGCCCUUUGUGCUGCUCUCCCAGGGCCUGGGCGUGCUCCGUGUGGCUUGGGAUCCCCGCACCUGUUCCCCCAUCCUCAGAGCUCUGCUGAAGAAACUUGGGGGACUUUUCCUGCCCCCCGAGGCCAGCCUCUCCCUGGACAGCUCUGAGGGGGUCCUUGCAAGGGCUAUAGUCCAUGCGGCUGUGGAGCAGCUGCUGGUCAGCGGGCAGCCCCUGCUCAUCUUCCUGGAGGAGCCCCCUGGGGCUCAGGGGCCUCGGCUGUCAGCCCUGGGUCAGACCUGGCUGGGACUGGUGGUGCAGGUGGUCCAGGUGGGCGUCGUCCCAGAUGCUAUGCUGGUGCCAGUGGCCAUCUCCUACGACCUGGUUCCAGAUGCACCCCGUGACACAUACCACGCCUCGGCCCCACUGGGGCUGUGGACCGGAGCUCUGGCUGUCCUGCGGAGCCUGCGAGGCUGGGGCUGCAGCCGCCGAGCCUGCGUCCGUGUGCAUCUGGCCCAGCCCUUCUCCCUGCACGAAUACAUCAUCAACGCCAGAAGCUGCUGGGGCAGCAGGCAGACCCUGGAGCAGCUGCUGCAGCCCAUCGUGCUGGGCCAAUGUACCGUCGUCCCCGACACUGAGAAGGAGCAGGAGUGGACCCCAGUAACUGGGCCCCUUCUGGCCCUCAAGGAGGAGGACCAGCUGUUGGUCAGGAGGCUGAGCCGUCACGUCCUGAAUGCCAGCACGGCGAGCUCGGCGGUGAUGAGCACGGCCAUCAUGGCAACGCUGCUGCUGUUCAAGCACCAGAAGGGCGUGUGCCUGUCGCAGCUCCUGGGGGAGUUCUCCUGGCUGACAGAGGAGACGCUGCUGCGUGGCUUUGACGUGGGCUUCUCAGGGCAGCUGCAGUGCCUGGUGCAGCACGCGCUGAGCCUGCUGCGGCCGCACGUGGCCCUGCUGCGCGUCCAGCAGGGGGACUUGCUGGUGGUUCUGCGGCCCGGCCCAGGCCUCACGCACCUGGCACGCCUGAGCUCCGAGCUGCUGCCCGCCUUCCUGAGCGAGGCCGUGGGUGCCUGUGCCGUGCGGGCGCUGCUGGCGGGCAGGGUGCCGCCUGAGGGACCCUGGGAGCUGCAGGGCAUCGAGCUGCUGAGCCAGAACCAGCUGUACCACCAGAUCCUGCUGCUGAUGCACUUGCUGCCACAGGACCUGCUGCUGCUGCAGCCCUGCCAGUCUUCCUACUGCUACUGUCAGGAGGUGCUGGACCGCCUCAUCCAGUGUGGGCUCCUAGUUGCCGAGGAGACCCCAGGCUCCCGGCCAGCCUGCGACACCGGGCGGCAGCGUUUGAGCGCGAAACUGCUGUGGAAACCAAGUGGGGACUUUACCGACAGUGACAGCGACGACUUCGAGGAGGCUGAGGGCCGGUACUUCAGGCUCAGCCAGCAGUCCCGCUGCCCUGACUUCUUCCUCUUCCUCUGCCGCCUGCUCAGCCCGCUGCUCAAGGCUUUUGCGCAGGCUGCCACCUUCCUCCACCAGGGCCAGCUGCCAGACACUGAGUCGGGCUACGCAGAGCAGCUGUUCCGGUUCUUAGAGGCCACGGCCCAGGAGGAAGGGUUCUUCGAGUGUGUGGACCCAAAUCUCGCCAUCAGUGCCGUCUGGACCUUCAGAGACCUGGGGGUGCUGCAGCAGACGCCCAGCCCUGCAGGCCCCAUGCUCCACCUGUCCCGCACCUUUGCCAGCCGGGACAAUCAGGAAAGGCUGGAACAGUUCAUCCGGCAGUUCAUCUGUGGCUAGAACUACGAGGAGGAGCCGGUGUUGAGACCUCCCAGCCCCAGAACACAACUGCCCUGGAGCCAGAAGGCUGGACUGGGAGGGGCUGCAAACCCCGAG